AUGUCCAAACAACCAAAGCCGGCGGGUGUCGAUUCUAGAAAGAUGUCAGCCGAGCUAUUUUCGCUGACGUACGGGUCGCUGGUGGCCGAGCUUUUGAAGGAUUACGAGGAUACCAAGCAGGUCAACCAGCAGCUGGACAAGAUCGGCUUCAACAUGGGCAUCCGGCUGGCCGACGAUUUCCUGUCAAAGCAGGCGACGGUGCCAAAAUGCACGGAUUGCCGGCAAAUGGCCGACGUGCUGGCGAAGACUGCGAUUCCCGCUUAUCUAGGCGUCCCAGCAACGAUAUCCAGCUGGGGAAAUAGCGAUCGCGAGUUCUCGCUGGUGCUCGAGAACAACCCGUUGACAGAGUUCGUCGAGUUGCCCCCAAAUCUCUCCACCUUGCACUACUCGCAAGUGUUGGCCGGCGCAAUUCGAGGCGGACUCGAAGCUGUACAUAUUAAGGUUAUAACGACGGCCACCGAGAACCCCUCCAACACCGAGAUCCGGGUACGCUUCAUCGAGAUUCUCAAGGACAACCUGCCGGCCGGAGAAGAA